UAGUGUGAUGUUUGUGUAGAGGAUACUACCAGGAAAAACACAGAAAAAUGCUAUCUGGCAUUGUUCGAUAUCGAAAAACUUGGAUGACAAAAACGGAAAAAAAAUAUUGAGAAGAAUAAUUGCUGCAACUUGGGGAAUACAACUGUAGUAUCCUGUGAUUGUAGGAUACUGUUGAGAUACAAGAAGGAGGAAUACGUGGAAACACUUAUUGUAAGUUAUACGUACACUGGAUUAACUACAGAUGGUAUGGAAAUGGGCAUCAACUGACCAGUAUUCAUACUGGAUUAAGUGCAGAUGGAGUAGAACUGACCAAUAGUGUAUAUAAACUGUAGCAGGAGAGACUUGUCACUUUCACAUUUGUUACAGAAACUAUCUGAAAUCAUUAGUAUUUCUGGGAUGUUUUUCUAAGAUCGUAUGUUGGCUGCUGUGGUGUGGCGUUUUUCCUGGUAGUAUUCCACAACCACACACUACUAGAGUGAACUUGUAAGAUAUAAACCAUGUGUAUCUGCUACCAAGUGGCUCAUUAUCUCAAUUAGAAACCUACCAUCACCCCUAGUUACAUUCCUCCUGUCUUCCCAGCCACACAUUUCUAAAUUCUUCUCAAAAUCUGCAGAUGUAUUUUCGAUGAAAACUAUAGGUUGUCUUGGAAACACAUGACAAUCCAUUGCAAAGAAGUUGCAAGUUAUACUCGUUUCUUGGGUAUCACAAUUAUGGGAUAUUCCAUUACGGAGUUUUUGCAGUUAACAGCAGUUUCUGUUUAGCGGUGUGAUUUCGGAUGUUAUGUGUGCGAGGGGAAUGCCAUUCAUGAAUACAUUGGAUUAUAAACCUUAACUUGAGAGUCUUCAUUCCUAUCAACUUACUAUUUGGAUGUGUUCACGUGUAGAAUCCUAAGGAUGCAAUCCAUUUCACUGGAAUCGUUUAAUAGCAUGUAAUUUUGUGUUACAUGUAUUUCAAAUACAUGUUUUGUUAGGAGAAAGCUUUUAUUUAUUCAUUUCAUUACAUCAGUGCCAAAAGAAUUAAUCUGAAUCGGUUUCCUAGUCUGAUCAAAUCUAAUUGGUAGAUUAGCUUUUAUGGAACAAUGUCUUCAAAUACAAGAAUUUGGAUUUAAGUCUUCUGGAGAACAUUCUGUUUUAAUUGUUGUGUUUGGAAUUUUGGAUGUAGGUAUUUGCUUGGAAUUUAUCUUUGAACAAAUUGGGAUUCAACUUUUGUGGUAGGUAUUUUCUCUGGAUUUAUAAAUAUGAAGACAUCUUGGUUAUCAACAUUUUCGAAUGAUAAUAGAAAGCGAGCUCCAACUCCAGAGUUUCCAGUCAACAUGUCUGAUCUUCCACCAGACUCUGGCACCCGUACAACCCCACGGACCCCUAGAGCACACCAUGGCCAGGAUGUGAUUCGAAGUGUCAGGGGCCGCAGCAGUACACCUGACAGGGGUCGGCCUCAGAGCCCAGUUGUCAUCAAGUACCCAGUUCCUGUCAAUAUAAACAUGCAAACCAUUCCACCAUCCCCAAGGUCAGGACGAAAGGUCAAGGCCAUUCCGGAUAGCCCACGUGUGCUACGGAACCGUCCUCCCAGUCCAGAUGAGUCUUUGCUCCAUGACUUGUCUUGGCUGCAGCACCAUAACGUUUGGUCCGAAAGGCAAGGAUCCUUGGAGCAGCCCUUCUUCACUACCAAGGCCCAUGUGUUCCAGAUUGACCCUGAGACAAAGAAGAACUGGGUGCCAGCAUGUCAGUCAUCAGUCAGUGUGUCUUACUACUACGACAGUACAAGAAACACAUAUAGGAUCAUCAGUGUUGAUGGAUCCAAGGCGAUAAUAAACAGUACCAUCACACCAGGCAUGACCUUCACUAAGACAUCACAGAAGUUUGGACAAUGGUCAGAUCCUCGGGCCAACACUGUUUAUGGUCUAGGUUUUACUUCAGAGGCAGAUCUUGCCAAGUUUAUUGAGAAGUUCAAGGAAGUAAAAGAAUUGACCAGACAGCAGGUGACACAACAAAAUGCACAGAUCAAUGGUAACGGAAGCAGUGAAGAUGGACUUGUGGCCCCAGGGACACCCCAACAAGGGAGACAAUUCUUACACACACGCAGCUCUAGCCUGUCUGCUAUGCAGGUGGGAGAUGGACAGGGACAGGGACAAGAGAAUCGAGAACAGGUCAACCUACGAGAACGCCGAAACUCCUUCAAUACUCCAGGCUCUCCCCAGCCAAACUCAGCAGAUGGCCAACUCAAGUACGAAAAUGACCGACUCAAAUUAGCACUAGCACAAAGCUCUGCAAAUGCCAAAAAAUGGGAAAUAGAACUACAAACACUGAAGAAUAAUAAUGCUCGUUUGACUGCUGCACUCCAAGAAAGUACUGCCAACGUGGAGGAGUGGAAAAAACAGCUAGCUGCUUACAAGGAAGAGAGUACUCGCAUGAAGAAAAAGAUUGUUGAGAUGGAGAAGCAGCCAAAUUCAUCAGACCAAGUUGGGGCUCUUCAGGGGGAACUAUCACAGUUGACUGAACGCCUCGAACGGGUACAACUUGACAACCAAGACAAACAAGAUGAGAUUAAUCAACUGAAUAUGAGAUUGAAUGAUAUGGCUGUGAAGGAAACGGCAAGCUCUAGUCUACAUACUCGAAUACAGACUUUAGAAGAGGAAAACCAAUCAUUAGCACUGAAAGUGGAGGAUUUCCAUCAUCAGUUACAGGAGUGUCGUAUGUCACGUGAUCAGGACUCUAACGAUCUCCUACACCUACAGGACCAGCUAGGCUCAAAAGUGACAGAAAUGUACGAAAUACAUGAACAGAUUAUCUCAUUAAUACGCAAAGAGUCCCAGAGUUGAUAAUUAGCAAUAGUUCUGACUGUCAAAGUCUUCCUAAUAUUGUCAUAUUUUAUUUUUGCUUCGCCAGUUUUCAAUGUUAAAGUUGCAAAAUUUCAAUUGAUGCCAGUGCAGAAGUCGCCAUUUGUUACAGGUUGUUACUGUUUGGAACUUGGAUUUCUCGAUAGAGUUUCGGUAGCACCAUGUCAGUAGUGUUUCAGGGAAGUGUAUGCUGGACCACCAAACGGUGGCAACCAGUCAGCCAAUAUAAUCAUUUUGUUUGUGACACAUUAAUUAAAGGGAGACAACCAGGAAGCCAAAGGGAGACAACCAGCCAGACAACUGUGUUGUGUUUCCUCAUGUUACAAACUUUGAUGUAAACAGGAUCAUAUUCCACUUGUCAAGCUAUUCUUCAAUACAAUACUUGUAUCACCGGUAAUAAGAAUAUGUACUUGAAGCAUUAUGAUUGGAUAUCUUCAUUUGUUCCCUUCUGUAUAGUCCAGGCUGUCCUUGACUCUGGGACUAAGAGGUCUACUUCUCUGUAACACUUCUUCCUGUAGGUAGUUUUCACAACACCAUUUCAUACUAGCUCGCAUCUCUUUCAACAUCAGCAAUUGGACUAUGGGAACAUUCUUUGAAAAAGUUAUUUCUCAAAAAUUUAAAUUUUAUUUCAUCAAUUUGUAUUUGAAAUUGUAAAAAAAAGUCUUACCAUUGAAUAACAUUAGUACAAAUAUUUUCUUACCUUCUUACAAGGAAUCGUUCUAUUAAAUGUUGUUUGUGGAGGAAACAUUCUGGAGCCAUCAGGUUUUUAUGUAUCCAUGAUGGAUUAUUUGAUUAGGUAUGAUACCUUGAAAUGCACCAAUUAUUUCAAGCACUACCUUGAUAUGAUCUGAUAGAAAAUUAUUUAUAAAAGAUUGUUUAAAUACCAGCAAGUCAUUUCAUAUUCUUAAUCUUUUUAUUUGAAGGCUGUACAAUCGCAUUUAAAAAAUAUAUAUUACUUAAUUAAUGAUGUCAUCUGUCUGUCAAAUUCAUUAAAGAAUCAGUGAACCUUUUCAUGCAUAAAUUUGAUGACGAUGAUGAUGAUGAUGAUGAUGAUUAAAAAUAGAAUGAUUCCUUGUAGAUAAACAUCUGUUUUCAGAGAAAUAUUUUAUAAGAUUUCAGUACCAGUUUGUGAGAAGAAAAAUGUAUCCUCAGAAUUUUACCAUAGUUGGCAAAUCAUUAAUGGUAUUUUUACCAUUCACUCCUUUCCCAGGUAUCAGUGCACGCCAUUGUCCCAAGUAUUACGGGUACCUUGGUUGUCCUAAGUAUUACCUUGCAUCAUCACUAUUCUGGUGCUUUUGAUAUGUCACCAUAGAAACCUCUCAUCAAGUCUGUGUCCUUUGAUAAUUUGGUUUUGGAUGAAAGGAUCUAAACUCCAAUCUUGUAUAUUAUUGUUAAUCAGGGUAUGGAGAUGAGAGAAUCUAACAGCAUUUGUAAAUUCAAAAGCUAUUUCAAAUUUCUUCGUUUUGUUUUUUGUUUCUUUUUCUCUUGAAAAAUUCUCCUUACAAAUGAACACAAGAUGUAAAACUGAAGAUAGGGAUUUCAUUGUAGCCUUCUUGUUUAUGUUUUUUUAUGUCAAACUUUUGAAUGGAAAUAGGAGGGUGAAUCAAAAAGUUUGCGGCUUAAAUUAUUUCUGAUAAAGGUCAGUUUCUUCUUUUUUUAAUUUUAAUUUCCUUCCCAUAUUAACACCUAGACUACUGAUGUUUCAAAUCAAUCCAACACUGUUAGUGCAUUUACUGAUGGUUAGACAGAUAUUCACCCAUCUACUUCUAUACAGUAUCAUAGAGGUUGUGAAAUAUUUGCAUAAAUCCUUAUUGAAUUUAGAAAAAUAUUUCUGAAAGAAAAAGGAUUGUGAUAUUAAUGAAUAAGUACACUUGUGAUAUUUCAUGUUUAAAGUACCUUGAAACAUAUUUAUGCACAAGGGUUUGUACCAUGAGCAUUCAGUUUUCAUCCUCAAAAUUAUAUUUGAAUUCAAAACAUUUUCAAAAAUAUUAAAUAUUGAUAAAAAAGAGUUGUAAUUUCAUAAAAAUUUGCUAAUUCAUUGUAUUUUCCUGUUAAUUAAAGUGUGUUAAGUUUUUGUUGUCAUAUAUUUUGUUUGAAAUUAUUGUUAUGAUAUUGUCUGUGUUCUUUCCUGGUUUUUGUCUUGUAUCAUUUCGUUUUAGAUAUUGUCUGAUUAAAUUUUAUCAAUGUUGAUUCAUCUAGAUAGAUCUGAUCAAAGUUCAUCUAAAACCUGUUUCUUUUUCAUUUUCAGUGGUAUUUCUUUUAUUUUCUCAUGUAGAUUUUUUGAUCCCUUACUCGGGGGAAAACGAUAUUUUGAGAUGUUGAAUCUAGUACACAUAUAUCAAUAAUAUAUACCAGUAUCAAUAUGAUUAGUGGAUAUAUUUGAAAUGAAAUGUUGAAAUGAUGUUCUUAAAUUUCCUGAUGACUAAUAAUUAGUUUUACAAAAUGACUAUGGUCAUUGAAGUCACUCAUUAGAGUAUGACGUAAUCCUUGAACAAAUACAUAUUAUGUGUAUUAACUUUCAUGCUAUAUUUUGGCAUGAAAAUUGUAGCCAAGGUUGUAUGAUAUUUUGAGAUAAGACCAGAUGCUGAUAAAUUGUGGACACCCUGAAUAACACCUCAGAAUUCUUGGUUUAUAGAACAUAACUAGCCCGUGUUUGUUGCUUUAUAUUAGAAAACAACAAUACUUUUCAAAUUUAUUUUAGCAGAAUAUGACUUUUAAACCAUGAAUAACACCUCAGAAUUCCUGGUUUAUAGAACAUGACUAGCCCUUGUGUUUGUUGCUAUAUAUUAGAAAACAAAAAAUACUUUUUUAUUUUAUUUUAGCAGAAUAUGACUUUUAAACCAAAAAUUACAUGUUGUUUUUAUCAUAUGAUUUAUCAUUCUCUUCAUCAAGAUAACAAAAAUAUAAAAAAAAAAAAAACUUUUUUCAAUCUGGAAGAGGACUGUCGACAAAUAAAGAUUUAUUUUAAGUUACUUAUGAACAACACUCACAGUCGGAUCUUUACUUUUUUUAUAAUUCAAUUGUCUUCUGUGACAGUAAAGACGUCAGUUUGUCUACUAAUUUUCUAACAGUUUUUAAUAGAGUAGAGAACACUGUUUCUGUAAAUGGACCUUGAUUAUUUGGAUAUAAAAAGCAUUGUAAUGGCCAGUAUAGAGAGUCUUAACUCAUCAUCGUAAGACGACGUGUGUUGUAUGGAUGUUCCUACCUUGUAGUAUUGUACGCAAAAAUAGUAAGGAUAUGAAGACUUGCAGGUAUCAUUGAAAUCUUGAAAACAGUAUGGAAAAAGUAAGAACUGCUGAAGUUCAUUCUUAAAUGGUAAUCUAAAAGUCAAUAAAAAAACUUAUUAACGUAUUAUUAGGACUAUCAGUCUUCUUGAAAUAGAACCCUUUUUUGUGUGUGUGUUAUUUUGGCAGACUCUUUAGGUACACUGUACACUUCAUUUUGCUGGAGUAAUCAGAUUUUAAGAUACUCUUGAUACUUAGAAUCAGACAUAUUUAUUACGUUAAUUAAAUCCUGUCCUGUUUAAUUAAAUCCCUUAUAUGAGAAAAAAAAUUAUAUGUAUAUGGUGCUUAAUCUUACAUUUAGUAGUAAUUCCAGUAUAACAACACUUUAUUUUGGUGUGAAAUCCAAGACCCGAACUGUGUACAAAAUUUUUGAUCUACAAUUACAAUUAUUUUUUUUUUUUUUUCAAAUUUAACUACAAAGAACAUUAUUUUUUUAAUUAUUUUUGAACCUGACAACAUUGUACCAGUGAUGAUAUUUCAUUGAGAGAUUAGAAUCAAUUUUUGUAGGAAUAGAACAUAUUUUAUCAAUUCAUUCUACAAACCUGGUAUAAUUACCCAUGACAAUAGCAAAUAGUAGAUAUCCAAGAAUAUUAUUUGUUGUGUGAUGUGAAGAUUUAACAUAUUGUGUAAAUGUUGAAUCCCUGAAACAAAUGUUUCUAGCCAUUGAUUCCGAUCGUAUAUGUACAGCUGACCUAGGCUUUGGUGUUAGUGUGUAAUGUGUUUGACCUAUCCGUCCCGUCUACAAUAUAAAAAAUAUUGACCAUUCUGCUCCCGCCUCCAUUGACCACUAAGUGACCCCAUUUCAGCUAUGAUCAUCAUAUAUGACCCAAGAUCUGAACACCUGCCUUAGUUUCCCAACCUGAAGACUCAAAACACUGCCUUAGUCAACAAAAAUCCUUAGGAUUUCCAUCUAGUAUCCCAUGUAAACCCAGCUGCUGAUUAAGUGAUUUUGUUAACACCCUGUAUGAUGUUAAAUUAUUGACCUUGGUGUUUGUUUAUUUUCAUUACGUAAAUCAUCAUAUAAUGGUAUAAGGUUCGUUUAGGGUGUGAUCUGAUUGGUUGUUUUUAUAACAGGAGUAUUGUUUUUGUCUGGUGAAUUUCUUUGUGAACUAGUCUGUUUUUAUUUUUCUUCUUAAUGAAAAUUUGAAACAUUUUAUGACUAUACUGGACCAGUAUGGUAUGCUAUUGUUAAAUUCAAUUGGUUGUACUGUUUGUAUGUUAUAGCAGUAAUCAGAUUUUAGAAAGUUGCUUUAUGUUUUUCAGUAUGUUUUAAAACUAUUCAGUUUGUUCUGUGUUAUCAAAAAUACACUGUAUGUUAUUCUUUUUAAGCACAUAAUAUAUUAUUUCCUUGGAAACUGAAUGCCGAGUGAUGAAACCUAGUGAAACUCAAGAAAGGUAUAUUUUAGAUUUAGAGUUCAAAUUUUUUUUAAGUCUUUUGGCUGCUGUAUGAUCUGACUGAUAAAAGCAACUACAUUUUAUUUUACUAUUUGGAGCAUUUAACAUUUUUCAUCUUCAUUUUAAAUGCAUGCAGUUUAUAAUCAAGGUCUAAUCCAAGGGCUUUGUGUUACAUUUUAACACACACCCUGGUAUAUAUUUUGACACAGGACUUGGUGAAGAUUGUGAGGCAAGGACUUGUACAUAUUUUGACACAGGGCCUUGUGUACAUUUUAACACUGUUGCUGACAACCUUUAAGUUCUCUUAAAACCUUUUUCCUGUGUUCAUGUAUCAUAGUAGAGGGUAGGUACAUGGUGCUGAUAGCAACUACCUGAUACAGGAACGCUCUCAAACAUUUAUCAGAUGUUGUAUCACACAGAGAUUGGUUUUAUUUCAGUCUGAAGUGACCAGAUUUAAUUCUUUAAAUUACUUUUGUUUUCUUAUAAUCUGUAAUAUCUGGUGGAUAAAUUGUUAGAUUUGUAGUUUUACACUUUCUCUGUGUCAAUGUUGAACCUUGCUAAAUUGUAUCACGCCCUUUUUACACAUCACGCUGACUCAAGGAUGUGAUUUCAUUUUAAAAGCUGUGACAUUUUUAGGUAGUUGAAAAAAUAUAUAAAAAGAAAACAUUCUUAGAUACAACUGAUAUUUUUUGCAAGUGAAUUUUACCAGGUAGAUGAUUUAACUUGUGUACUUAUGUAAUAUAUAUAUAUUUGAGUUUAUGCCAUUAAUUUGGUAUAGGUAAAAACUUCAUAUCUCUUAGAUUGGUGUUUGCCCAAAGAAAUUUGUUAGUGAAUUUGGUUAUUACAAGAGCCUUUAAUUAUUUGAUAAAGAGAGAAAUACUGAUAUGUUUCUUUCAAGGUCAGAGUAGCCAAAAUAUGUAGCAUUUAUUUCGCCUCUGUAGAUAAAUAGAUAUACAUAUUUACAAGUUUUAUUUAUUUAUGAUAUAUAUCUAUGCAAUAUACACAAAAAAUUUAUUUCAAACUGUGAAGUUAAAGUCAUCAUCAUCAGACUAUGCUCUAGAUGAAAAAAUACAUGUAUGAAAUAAAAAGGUAAAACAGUA